AUGCAUCAUCAGGGGGUUUUCCGAAUUUCUGGAAGCCAGGCAGAAAUUAAUGACUUUAAGGCAGCUUUCGAGCACGGUGAAGAUCCAUUGAUUAAUGUAUGCGAAGCACGAGACAUCAAUUCUACCUCAGGAUUGCUCAAACUUUACUUUAGGGAACUUGGAGAGCCUCCAUUUCCGAACAGUGUCUUCCUGGAGCUGGUCCAUUGCAUUGGUAUGUCUUCCUUUUAA